UCAGUCGUGGGCUUACCCUGAGUCAAAUGUGUCUCUUGAUGCCCAGGAGAAAUAAAUCGAAUUUAGAAAAGAAAUGGCGGAAAAUAGACAGGAAGGACUUCAGGAGUGUUGUGCAGAUAUCGAGGAAAGAAAGCUCUCAAAUCGCGAGCGAGCUCAGCGCCGAUGGGUGACUGUAGAACCCGUGAUUGCACUGGCCGUGGUCGGCUCUAAUUCCAUGGGUCUCGUUCGGCCUUUCUACUUGAAGAGCCGGCUUGGCGAACUGAUGUAUAACAUGUCCACUCUUGAGGAAUUCUCGGGAUGCGACAUCAACGACACAGAAUACAAAGCAAGAGAGGACGACAUCCAGUCUCAGGCUUCCCUUUGGUUGCUGUACUUGAGCAUGUCUGGAAGUGUACCUAUGCUAAUAGCGUCGAUUCUUUUGGGCACUUUAAGUGACAAGUUAGGCAGGAAAAUGUGUAUUGCAAUCCCACUAUUUGGCUACAUUUUCCAGGAGGCAGUCUAUAUAGCAACCAUUUACGGGGAACUGCCUCUCGCAGUACUCUUUGUCGGGGAGGUUUUACUGGGGUCGACAGGUAGCUUUGGGAUACUGUUCGCUGGUUGCAUCUCCUACAUUGUCGACAUUACGACAGAGAACAAACGAACUCUACGGAUUGCGCUGGCUGAGAUGAUUUUCUUACUGUUAAGUGGCUUCGUCCAAGUAGGUGUCGGAUACUUGGUACGUGAUGUUGGCACUCUCCCUCCAUUGCUAAUAGCUUUUGGGUGCAAUAUCCUCUGCCUAAUCUAUAUUGCCGUCCCAGGCAUUCUGAUUGAGACUGUAGACCGUGACAACAUCCCCGACCAUCGCAUAGGGCUCAGAGAAGCUGGCAGGAGUAUGGUGAAGCUUCUCAAGUUCAAUGAGAACGGCCGCCGAUGGCAGAUGCUUCUCCUAGACUUCUUCCUAUUUGUUAUCACCAUUAACAUCAACGGCACCAUCUCCAUCUUCAUCUUGUAUGGCUCAGCAGCGCCUUUCUGUUGGGAUGCUCUCAGCGCUGGCUUGGCUGGGGCGUUCGGAUUUCUCAUCGCGUCUGCCGGAAUGGUUGCUGGAUCGAAGUUAUUUGCUAUCUGCUUGGGGGAAUACUGGAUUAUGCAAAUCAGUUGUCUGAGCCUUCUCGCCUUCAAUAUUGUAAUGAGUGUGUCUCGGACAACCUGGCUGAUCUACGCUGCGAAUCUUAUGGGUGCUUUCCGAGCGACAGCAAUGCCAGUGGCACGAUCAAUCCUGUCCAAAAUAGUUGAUCCAACAGAAAUCGGCACAGCUUUUGCUCUGGUAGCAUGCGUCGAUGGUUUGGCGGUUUUUGUGGCAAGUGCGGUGGCACCAAGCAUCUACGCGGCUUCCGUCCUUUACCUACCACCCUUAAUCUUUUACGUCUUUUCUGGCUUGACUGUCCUCCCUAUUGGAACGAUAAUAAUACUACAGAUAUUUUGGCCUCGAUCAAAGAAGUACCAGUCAUUUUACGGGGAGAAAUCUAAAGACAGCAGUGGACACGAAGCAGACCAGAAACCUGAAGAGAGUAGGGACGAACCUUCAACGGCUUAAAAUUAAAAAGUCCAGAAUUGUUCACCCAUAUUGUGAAACGGUUUAAUGAAUGUGUAAAGUGUAACAUAUCUCUCUCUCUCUCUCUCUCUCUCUCUCUCUCUCUCUCUCUCUCUGUAGGGAGCCGUUAUAAAAAAUAAUGAUAGAGAGUCAUUUAUUAAUCUACAACCACAUAAUUAUUUACAUCGUCCAAAUUUAUAAUGAUCAACUUAUGUUACUACUGAGACUAAAUACUACUGUGUGGGACAUUCAUCAUGGAAUAAUAAUCAAGGCACAGCUCAUCAAAAUCUGAUCUGUUCACUCGGGAAUGACAAAUGGGGUUGCCCACCUGGGAAUGAUGGAGUAGAACUGCUCCUUUUGUAGAUUUUCGGGGCCACACCUAAGCCAAUGAGAGCACUGGAUUGGGACACGUCGUAAUAAAUAAUUCAUAAAAAUUAAUGUACAAAGCCUCUGGAUGAACACUCUAUUGGGAUUUUGUGUACAUGUAGUCUCGCUGACUGUUUCUAGACAGCAAUAAAGGCCGAGAAGCGCAUUUUUUUUCCUGGGAGGGUUAGGGUUAUUUGUAGUGAAGUUCUCCAUCUUGCACCGUGAUCUUUGGUGUAAAUCUCAGCGACAAACAGAACUGAGGAGCUAAUGUGCUGAGGUGAAGAAAACAUAUUUUGAGCAGAAAGAACGAUGAGGGUAACAAUAACACUCAAUGCCGACCCGAGGAGCUCGGUCGUCUAAGUAUUAAGUAUCUGUAUAGAACGAUUUCCACUAUGACCAAUCCGUAAGAAAUAUCGGAUUUGCAGAAAGUCUUGUCAUUGGCCAGAAUGAUGGUAGAAACUAGAAGCUGGAGGACCUCAAAGCCAAUUAAAGAGAAUGAAAGACAAUCAUGCCUCCUGGCAAGUAUUGAAGCCAUUCUAUAAAUAUUAAUCACGAUUUCCAUCGUGAAGCUAUAAAUCAUUAAUCACUAUUCCUUAUUCACAGCCCGAUCUUCAUGUUUGUUCACACAUCUUUGAAAACAGGUUUUGGCGUUUGUAGUGGAGGCAUUUUUAACUUGGGUGAUUUUUUUUAUUAGUACUUGCAGCCUGUAUUAAGAUAGGGGUGGCACCCCUUAGUUUACCCAGUUGGAGUUGCAGUGUGUG